GUCAUAUUGUAGCUUAUGUAUCAGGCCCAUUACAUCUUGUCCUUCCCAGAACGCGAUGACCACGGGAAACUCUACUGGGACAUGUGGCAAGUACUCGACCGAAUCAUCAAGAAGAUUCCCAACACCCCUAAGCUGGUGGCUAAAGCGCCGAACAACGAAGAGGAAUCCUUCUACAUCGUCCCACCGAAUGUUCAUAGUGCAUCGGAGGCGGCAUACAAUAAUGAUCAGGUGGCCGUUGCACGCCAGCGGAUGGCUCAACACUACCUGGACAAGAAUAGACAGCUUCACCAGUUGAUGGCGACCGAGAGUGGUAUCCAGCUCAACCGCGCGUAUGACCUGGAUGGGCUGGUGACUAUCCAACAGAAGUGUGUACAGGUGUGUGUGGACUGUAUGGCUUUCGGCUAUGCUCGCCAGCACUACACGGUAGCGUAA